CGCGCGCAGCCCGGUCACGUGGUCUCGGCGGCGAGCGGGGCCUGAGCGGAGCCAUGGAGGGGCCAGGCCGAGGUGUGAAGGACGACUCCUUCAGCGUGCUGGACCUGGCGGAGUACACCAAGAACCGGCCGUGGUGGCGCAAGGUCUUCACCCCCAGCUCGGGCUCCAGUGCCGAGAAGUACAACGUGGCCACGCAGCUGGUGAUUGGAGGGGUCACAGGAUGGUGUACUGGAUUCAUCUUCCAGAAAGUUGGGAAGCUGGCAGCAACAGCAGUGGGAGGUGGCUUUUUCCUACUUCAGAUUGCAAACCACACAGGGUACAUCAAAGUGGACUGGAAGCUGGUGGAACGAGAUGUGAACAAAGCCAAGCAGCAGCUGAAGCUUCACAGCAGUGGGAACAGAGUGUCUCCAGAGGUGAAAAGCAAAGUGGAUGAGGUGAUCAUCUUUCUGAAGAAGAAUGUUAUCCUGACUGGAGGCUUUGCUGGAGGGUUCCUGCUGGGCAUGGCAUCCUAGAAACUCUCUGGACUCUCAGGGUGCUGGAAUCAGGCUGAAAGCUUCUGCCUCUGGUGUAUCAUUGUCAUUCUUUUCUCCACCAAGAUGACCAGACCCAGAUUUUCUGAUGAGUUGCAGCCUCUUAAACACGUAGUGGCAGAGAAACCUCUUCAAUGUGCUUCUUCCCAGGUGCUCAGGGCUGCUCCAUGUCCAUUUGUCUGAUGGCAUAUGUUUACCACAGCUGUCACCACUAUUUAGCUUGCACUUGUCCUGCUCUCCAGCAGCUGGAGAGCCUGUGCUUCCCUCUGCACAGAGAUGGUGUGUGCAAUCCAUAAUGGGCUUCUUUGUCCUGGGGUGGAUGCAGAAGCUUGGGCUGGAUUCAGGUCAGGUGGAUAAGGAGCAGGUUGAUGCUGUGUGUGCUGCUGGGGCUUCUCCUGCCAUUGCACUGCAUGUGGGUGGCUGUUUGGCUUCUCCCCUGCUGUUCCUUCCACACCUCCCUGCAGCUGCCACACUGGCAGUGCUGAUUCAAAGUGAGCACCCUGGAUGGCUCCCCAGGCCCUUUGCUCCUCGUGUGUUUGAAAAGUCACACUGCAGAGCACCUUGCUGCCUGUUAGCUGGCUGCUCAGCCUCUGGGAUGUGCUGAGGUGCUCCUGUGGCGGGCAGGCAGCCAGUGUGGCAGCCCUGUCUGUGCCAGGCCAGCUGCCACGAGCACUGAGCCACACUGUAAAUCACCUUGGGCCUCAGGCUGGAUGUUUCUAGGUCCACCAUGGCCUUCUCUGUCUGCAUUGGUGUUGGUGAUGCUCUUAGAGCUGUAACCAUGUGGGACAGGACUGCAGGCAGGAUGUGUGCAUCCCUUUUAAUGGUACUUUGUGCUGCUCCAGGCUACCUGCUGCCAGCACUGCUGGAGUGGUGGCAGGGAAGGAUGUGAAAUGUGGAGUGCAAUCCUUUACCUGCCUCUGCAGAGCACAAACUCCACCUCCCUGGUCUCUGAAAGCAACUGAAAUGGCAAAACCAGGUUGUGCUCUUGUGGGAGUCUCUCAUUUUCAUACUUCUAUGCCUUUUGGUUAUGUUCCUUCCUUCCUUGCAUCUACCCAUUUCCACAAAGCAAGCUGCCUGCUGAAUUCCAUCAGCUGCAACCCAGACACAGAGCUCAGCUGGUUUUGGACAGUGUGUCCCAGUGCAGUUGUGUGCAGAGGUGAACUCUAACCUCCAGGAUUGAAUCACAGCACCACAGAUGCCUUGGAGGUGUUCUGCAUUGCCUGUGCUGGGCUGGCACUGCUGCAGGGACUUGCAUGAUGGCACAGGGAUGUCCUCCAGCAGGUCCCCAGAGGAGUUCUAGCCAGGAAUGCUUUUUGUUUCUAAUGUGGGUCUCCUUCAGUGGGAGACAUGUCAGGGUGACAGAGACAGUGUCUGGCUCAGCAGCUGCACCCUGUCUCCAGUGCUGUGUGUGAUGCCUUUCUAUCAAUCUGCUGCUGCUCUCACUGUGGUUGGGGACAGGGGUGUUCCCCUGAGAGCUGCUGGAACAGUGGGCUCUUCCACCUUCUUUUGGCAUCUGCACCUGCAGUUGUUCAUUUUGUGUCAGCUCUGUUGCUGGAAGCCUCAGUGUGAGCAACACUUGGCUUUAACUGAGGUUUUCUCACCUUCAGGGUCUUACAGUGAGGCUGGAGGUAACCAGGAGCCAGAAGUUGGUGUCUUGUUGGUUCCUUUGCUCCAUAGAUGGCCAAGGAGAAUGAAGGAGCAGCUGGGCUCAUCUCCUUUUGAUGAUGCUCUUCCUAAAGCUAUCCAGGACUGCAGGAAUGAUGUGGUGCAGCAAAGGGCUGUGCAGUAAAGGGGUGUUUGGGAGUGGAGUCACAGGUGAUGGUGGUGGCUCAUGGCUUGGUUGGGUGUUUUGUAGGACCCCUGCAAGGCUGAAGGUGCAGGAAUUGAUCCAUUUGUAGUGCAGAGGAGCUCCUGUUGCUGUAGGAAGCCAGUGUUGCUGCCCCUCUGCCUCCUGCUGCCUCACACAACGUCUUCUGAGAUGCACUAACCCCUGUGAAGCUUUCUCCAGCCACAACACUCAUCUGCAGACCUUAGCAAUGCUUUGCAGGCUCAAUAAGUGACUUCUGCCCAGCCCCAGGGAAGGUGGAACUGGCUUCAACUCCACAAGGUCUCAGCUUGCUGCUAUGGAGAGAAACGGCCCAGAGAGGGAGCUGAACCUCCUCACUUGCUGCUGGAAGGGGAAACAGGGAUUUCAUGCUGUAUGUGAUGGGAGUGCAGGCAGGGAAUGGACAGCAGGAUCCUGCUGUGUGCCAGUGCCAGGCUCGUGCCUGUGGGCACACACUCUGAUGCUGAAUCAAGCUCUGUGGGGAUUGUUGCAGGUGCCAAGGUGAGGUGCUUCCCCCCACCCCUUCCCUGCUCUGCUUGUGGCAGCUGUUGCAGUGUGAGGAGGUUUCAGACACACUGAGCUUUUACAGUGGUUUUAUAUAUUGUAUGGAAAUGCUUGAAGUGAUCUUUUAUUAAACAGUUUUGCUCUAA